AUGCCAGAACUGGCUUUCCAAAGGACUGAUGGAAGAAGCGCGCGCUAUAGUGCAUGGAACCGAACAUGGUUGCUAGCCCCCGAAUCGAUCCAAAUUCUCAACAUCAUGGAUGGGCAUGAAAUUUCUUCCGAGCUUUCACUGGUAGACUUUUCACGGUGGAUAUACGAGUUAUCGUGCAUUAAAGUGACAACUAAUGGCGUACAAUUGAUUGUGCGCUCCGUGCUUCCAAUUAUAAAUGGUAUGGCAGCAACAGAGCUCGUUCUGGAUGGCCAUCUGCAACAUCUUCGAUUGACACCGGGUGGAAUAUCCAUAAAACUACCAAUUUUAAAGGAGUGGUGGGUAAGGGACUAUGCAGGGAGGUUUGCAGAUCAAUUCAGCACGUUCAAGCUUGAUUUCUAUGCUUUCAAAGCCAAACAAAGCAUUGAUGAUCAGACCCGUUCCACUGGAAAGAAGGAGAACAUCAUAAACAAUUUGAUCGACUUAAAAGUGAGGUCACUGGUUUUUUAA